GAUUAACAGUGUUGCUAGAGAGUCACAUAUAACAAAAAGAAAACAGAAACUGAAGUAUAUUUAAUCCUUAGAACUCACCGGCUCAUUCACACGUUUUAAAACCCAAAUUAAAGCAUAUAUGGGUGUUACUGUGCUCCAGCCCUAUCCGCUGCCCGAGGGCAAAUCUGGCGCCUACAUAAUCGAUCAUCUAUCGAAGCGUCUGCUGUCGCUGGGUGCUACACAUGCCGGACAAUUUCUGGUGGAUUGCGAGACAUUUAUAUCAACUCCUCAGCAUGGCGGAGCACCAAGUCGUGCAGUCCAUGUGCUACACAAUUCUGAAUAUCCCGCCUCCACCUUCUCCAUCAUUGACAAUGGCACUGGGAAACAGGUCUCCCUGGUAGCGGACAACAUAUUCGACUUGCUCAUGCUAAAGAUGACUGCGACAUUUGCCUCGAAGAAACAAACUAAAAUUGAGUCUCGCGGAGCUCGCUUUGAGUAUGGUGAUUUUGUCAUUAAGCUGGGAUCGGUGACCAUGAUGGAACACUUCAAGGGCAUACUUAUCGAGAUUGAAUACAAAUCGUGCGUCAUUCUCUCAUAUUGCUGGGAAAUGAUACGGGAAAUGCUUCAGGGAUUUCUGGGUAUGCAGGUGCCAAAGGAUUAUCCCAACUACUUUACCACCCAGACAAUAAUGAAUGCCAUGGGUCAACAGCAGCUCCUUCAUGCCAAGCAUAAUGAUCUCUACGAGCCAAUGGACACAGUUAAACAGUAUUUGGAGCAAUUCACCAACUAUCGAAAGCACGUCAAUGUCCAUGUGGGCGGAGCUGCUGGAGUUUCGGUACAACCCAUUCAUAUGCCACCCAGUUCGAUUGUUGGAGUGGGCGUGGGCAUGGGCAGACCCUGAUGUGAGGUUAAACUGGAGCCUGCUGAACCAGCUCCAGCUGCAGCCACAAAUGAAUAGUUUGAAAGCAAUUUUUGAUUUUUAUUUUUUUGUCUCUUUAUCUUUUA